CAUUUUCAGUUUGGCUGCCAGUGGGGUCCUUCCUCCACCAAGCCAAAACGAAAAACGCUACUCUCCCACCACAAAACAGAGAGAGCUCUCUCUUUCUCUCCCGUCUCUUUCCCCCCAAUCUUCUUCAUCUCUUUUAACUUCAACGAUCUUGUUGGCUCACCCUUUGAACUUAACAUUCCCAGUUCCAAAUACCCAAAAAAAGAAUCCAACUUUCAGGUUCACUUCAUCCCUUUUCUGGGUUUCAUUCUUCCUUUUCUGGAGGGUCACUCUGUUUUUCCCUCAAAAUUCCCGUUCAGGAACCAAAAAACCCGAAGCUUCCAACUUUAACUUCGACUGCGACUUUACUGCCUUAUUUAUUCCAUUUUCACAUUGAAUUUCUUGCUUAUACCGCAUUUAAUAACACACCAGCGCCUAUUUAUAACAUUCCAUGGCCAGGGAAUGUUAUUAUUAUUAUCAUCUCCUUCUCGUACAUCCAUCAGCAGAGUAAUCCCUUCCCCUGUUUUUUCCUCCGCCUCCAAUCCAAGCUCUCUCUCUCUCCCGAAUUGAUUUUUUUUGUAAAGAAUGAUGGGAUUAUUAUUAGGCCAUUAUGAUUACUCGUUCACGUUUACCGUUGCGGUGGUUCUUCUCCUGCUCUGUCCGACUCUGCCGCGCUUUUGCUCUGCCGGCGACGGCAGGCUUAUGGUGCCGAUGACUCUGGUCCGCGACGCCGCCGAUGCCGGCGCCGUUUGCUUGGACGGGAGCUUGCCUGCGUAUCAUCUCCACAGAGGUUCCGGCGCUGGAGCCACCAACUGGCUUUUGCAGUUCGAGGGAGGUGGGUGGUGUAACGACGUGGAAUCGUGCUUGAUCAGAGCCGGAACACGGCGGGGGUCCACCACUCUUAUGAACAAACAAGAAGUCUUCUCGGGGAUCUUAAGCAACAAUGCAUCUUUUAAUCCAGACUUUUACAAUUGGAACCGGGUGAAGCUUAGAUACUGCGACGGAGCCUCCUUCACCGGAGAUUCCCACUUCCGCAACAAGUCAUCGGUUCUUUACUUCAGAGGGCAGAGGAUUUGGGAUGCCAUCAUUACCCAUCUCCUCCCCAGAGGACUGGCCCACGCACGCAAGGCACUGCUUUCGGGUUGCUCUGCUGGAGGAUUGUCAGUUUUCCACCACUGCGAUGAUUUCUCCAGGAAGUUACCGAACGCCACGGUGAAAUGCUUGAGCGACGCCGGGUUCUUCCUGGACGCGAAAGACAUAGCUUCAAAUUUUACCAUGAGGAGCUUGUACGAAGAUCUGGUCACUCUUCAGGGAGUGGAGAAGAACCUGAAUGAGGACUGUAAAGCUUCCCUGGCCAACCCCAAGCUGUGCUUCUUCCCGCAGUACGUUCUGAGAUACAUUACGACACCAUUCUUCCUCCUGAAUUCAGCUUACGACGUGUACCAGAUAAACCACAUAUUGGUACCACCUUCCGCGGAUAUCCAGGGACUCUGGAAGAGUUGCAAGACUCAAUUGUCAGAGUGCAACACUGCUCAGAUCAACCUCUUGCAAGGAUUCAGGCGAGAGAUGUUGCGGGCGUCGUUGUUCAUAUUCAGGGGUUCAAGGAGAGACGGAAUGUUCAUAAACUCAUGCUUCUCUCAUUGCCAGAGCGAGUUACAACCCACGUGGCUUGCGCUCGACUCGCCGAGAAUACAUAAUAAGACAAUGGCGGAGGCUGUUGGUGACUGGUACUUUGGAAGGAACGUAACCAAGUUAGUCGACUGUCCUUAUCCAUGUGACCGGCACUGCCACAAUCUUAUACCCCAGAUCGCUCAAAAUGAUGAUUUGUGAACACAAAAAGUUUUGUAUUAGAAAAAAACACUGUGAAAAUGGAUGCAUGAUUCAUUACUCGAAGAGUGUAGAUAAAGUUAGAUAUACUAUACACAAAGCUAUUUUUUCCAUGGGAGAGUUAUCUGUAGGCUUAGCAAUUGACCUUAGGCUAGAGAAAGGGAAAACAAAGGAUGCAUCUUGAUUAAAAAAAAAUGCAAGAACAGUGCCCUUCAUUCUUCAUAUCUUCUUCCUACAGUGACUACUGUAAGUCUGUAAUAUUGCUAGAGAUAUGAGAGGCUUCUUCAUAUCUUCCUCCAACCAUUGUUUGGGAUAUUGCAAGUCAAACGAAUGUAAUUAAGAUGAUUAUAUAUAUUCUUAGUUCCGCAAUGGUGGAGCGAUCUUCUCUUUU